GGGACUCACAUGGGCCCUGUGUUAAUACUUCUAGACGUGGUUUGUUUUUAUUCUUGUGAGAAGUGAGCAGUUGUACAAGAAAACUCUGUGACGUCCACAGAUUCGCAAUGCCAUUGCAGAGAAUGCUGUCAAGAGCGCAUGCCACAUGAGCGAGUGAGUAGCCUAACAGAAGAAAUGAACAACGGCAAGCUCGCUGUCACAUCUCACUACGGAGAUAUGCCACCGUUCAAUGCCGGCGCCGUGGUUUCCAGACUUCUCUUGGGCUGAAAGCAGAAAUGGAAGGAUCGGUGGGUAAACCUUUUAUGUUUGCUUAUUUUCGCAUAAGAGAAGCUUUUGAAACCACUUUUCAUUAACGAGUUGAUUUAUUUUGCGAGCUCAACGGACGGAAAAUGUUACAUGGGCUUCAUUGACGAGAACAACAGUGGCGCAAUCAAGUCAUGCGUACGGACGCCAGACAUUAAACAAUGUGUCUCCACUAUUUUGUGUAACUGUCUGGGAGCGCCGGCAUGAGUUUACGGCUGAGCUAGAUCUCGUUGUUGUGCAGAUAUAUGUUUAAUAAGUCGCCUACUACUACUGGCACGUCCGUAUCAAAUGUAUAUGCGAUGCAUGGUACUCCGCACCUGACAGGAUUCAGAGGUACCAGAUUCCUGUUAGAACCUUAUUGACACGUCACCUGGAAGGUGUUCACACCCCGCCGGAUUAGUUUGGAAAGGAUGGAGCUGUAGGAACCAAACUGACUGCUUUGUGCCGCGACAUGCUCGAUUACUGAGCGCCGGAGAAUGUAAACACACACCUGAACCGAAGAGACUUUCCGCCGCUGCUCAAACAUGACGAGUAACGGCCCCAGCAUCGUUUUCGAGUGGCUCAAAGCUCUCCAGCUCUGCCAGUAUGUCGAAUCUUUCGUAGAUAACGGCUACGACGACCUGGAAGUUUGCAAACAGAUUGGGGAGCCCGACUUGGACGCUAUUGGCGUGUUCAAUUCGCACCACAGGAUAAAGGUGCUGAAUGCUGUGUCGCGACUGAAAGAGGAGGACAAGAAAUUAGCCCCGGGGCACUACUUCACCUUAGAACCGGUGGUUACGAUAUCAAACCCACACACAACAUCCCUCAGAAGUGAAGGCAACCAUAAGGACUCUAGAUUAUGGACAGAUUCCACAUGGGAUAGCAGUGGAUUAAAAUCCAGGUUCACCCCGGGAAACAACAAUCUAUUGCUUGGACACUGUCAAGAACCAGUGACUUACCCAAAGCUGAAACUGAAGAUCAUGAUAAGAGAUAAACUUCUGAAAGAUGGCAUCGACCUUGGCUGUCUACCCUACUCUAAAGAGGAUGGCUCUCUUGGGAACAUUGAGGAUCUGGCACAGGAGUACUCCGAAUACUACAGCACCUCUUACAGCGACGUAUGCAACAGGAUGGACGAGCUACGCAAGCGCAAGGUGGCGCAGGACACUGAAACGGCCAAGAUUGAGCCCAUCUCAACCUCUCUGCAGCUGAGAUCAGAAAUACAGGAAUCGCUGGGCUUCAACAGUGCCAUGUCCACCCCAGAGACUGAGAGAAAGCUGUCUAUGCACAAGUCCAGUUCUGAGGAUGGCAUAGGAGGAAAAGCUGACAGCAGAAAGAAGAACAAAUCUUUUUGGCAGAAUUUCCGCAAGUCGCAGAAGGGAGCUGGAAGACAAAUGUCAAAAGGCGGGGAGGACCUGGGCUUCGUGGCCAGUGAGAUCACCAUGAGUGAUGAAGAGCGGAUCCAGCUGAUGAUGAUGGUGAAGGAGCGGAUGAUCACUGUGGAGGAGGCUCUCGCACGGCUGAAGGAGUUUGAGAGCCAGAGCCGCCAGGCGGGCAGCAGCGACAUGGCCGAGUGGAACCACAGCUCCAGCCCCUCCAUCAACGAGUCCAACAGCAACUCGAGGGAGCAGUCCGACGACGAGCUCGAGGACUCCGUCACAUUCCGCAGGCUGCACAAGCUGGUCAACUCUACACGCCGCGUCCGCAAGAAGCUCAUCCGCAUCGAUGAGUCCAAGAAGCCUGGAUCUAGAGAGUGUGGCAGCUCAGAGGCCUCUCCCUCCACUGAGGAGGCCACACCCAUCUACUCAGGUGUGCAGAGGAAGCUGCUGGUCUCCCAGGGCGACGGGCUGGCCUCAGUGCUGCAGGAGCAGCUCUCGUUGGAUGGAGACUCUGACAGCCUGACCACUUCGCCCUCGUCCAGCAGCCUGGACACCUACAGCGGUCACAAGCUGAUGCGGGCCUUUGGGAAGUCCAACAGCAUCGGAGGCCUAGUGGGGACGGGAGGCGUAGCCGGGGGCAUGGCAGGCAGAGGAGCGGGCAGCCCCCUGGCUCUGGGCGUACUGGAGGCGGGCAGCGGCUCCUCUUUCUCGGAGGUGGAAGGGGGAAAUGAGGACAGAGCCCGUGAUGUCGCGGCUCUGCCACCACCAGGAGAUCGUGAGGGGCUAAACCCCAACUACCACGGGAGGACUUGUAGUUUUGGAGGGUUCGACCUCACCAACCGCCCCUUGUAUUCCCCCGGCACUGUAUGCGACCCCCAUGGUAGAGAAGACGAGGAUGGUCUGAGAGCGCUCUCUCGGUCUCCGACCCCCACGCGUGUGUCUCUGGGGAAGAAGGUCAAGUCUGUGAAGGAGACCAUGAGGAAACGCAUCUCUAAGAAGUACCACAGCUCGGCCAGUUCUGAACAGAAAGGCGAUGUGAUUGACAUCAUCAGCAAGCCGCCCAUGGGUACGUGGAUGGGCCUGCUGAACAACAAGGUGGGCACCUUCAAGUUCAUCUACGUGGACGUGUUGACCGAGGAGGAGGAGAAGCCGCGCAAGAGCAGCCGUCGCAGGAGGAAGGCCCGUCCACCCAAGCCCACGUCCGUUGAGGAGCUCUUGGAGCGCAUUAACCUCAAAGAACACAUGCCAACGUUCUUGUUCAAUGGCUAUGAGGACCUGGACACCUUCAAGCUUCUGGAGGAAGAGGACUUGGAGGAGCUCAAUAUCAGAGACCCCCAGCACAAAGCUGUACUCAUGACUGCUGUGGAGCUUCUACAGGAGUAUGACAGCAACAGUGACCCUGAGAGGGCAGGAGGCUCCAGUGGCUCCCAGGAGAAGCUGCUUCUGGAGGGGCCCGUCCCCACUGGCGACUCCCCCCGCGACUCCGGUUGCUACGAGAGCACCGAGCACCUGGAGAACGGGAGGAUCAAAAAGACAUCUUACUUAAGCAGGUCUUCGUCAGGCUUCGAGUCUAGCCACCUCCCUUCCCCCGAGUCCCCCAGCCUCCCCCUUACCCACCUCAGCCUCAUCCCUCCAGGGCAGGACCAGAGGCCCAACUCCCUCCCUCCCCGCACAGACACCAUGCAGGGCUUGGUGGAGGACCACAUGCUGGGAGCCCGCGCCCUCAGCCAGAGCUUGGACUCCAUGGGCAGCCACGCCGCCCUAGGGUUCAGGAGGUGCUACCAGUCCCCCGAGGAGUUCCACCAGGAGAGAGAGCUCCAGGAAGAGCCGAGUGGCAGCACAGAGGAGCCGGAUUCAAAAGGGCCGACUGAAGUGAAAAAGCUGGAACCUCCAUCUCCAUGUGAGGAAGAGGAACCCGAACAGCUGACUGCGCCAUGUGCGUCUGAAGCAGUGAAGCCGGUCCUGUUGUCUCUGCCUGAUGCGUGUGAUGCAGUGGUGGCCUCACCAUCUCCAGGGCCCUCUGCAUCUGAACCUGAAGAACCAAGUCAGCCCACUGAACCAUGUUCAUCUGCACCAGCAGAAGAGUCUCUCCAGUCUACUGCUCAUGUAGGGUCUGACAAGGAGGAGUCAACACAUGGCAGUGCAGCUGUAGUAUCCGAAUCCGACACACUGCCCUCUGCAAACUGUGUCUCUGAGCCAGCAGAGCCAUCACAGCCAAGUGUGUUUUGCUCUUCUAAACCAACACAAGCUAGUGCAUCUCUUGCAUGGGAAGCGGAAGAAUCAACACGGUCAGCUGCAGCUUGUGCAUCUCAAACAGAUGAACCAACACAUGAUGGCACAUCCCUUUCAUGUGAUGCUGAGCUGGCACAUUCAAUAGAGCCUUUUGAGUGUGAAUCAACAGAAAGGAUGCAGCCAAAUGCUCCAUCCUUACCAGAAACAACUCAGCCAUCACAGCCUGCAGUCCCUUGUGCUGUGGAGCUGGUUGGGGAAGGGCAGCAGUCUGAGACACUGACAGACAUGCCCCGUCCAUCAGCAGUAAAAGAGCAGUCUUUGAGCAGUCGGCCCCACAAUCCUCAGAGCCCUGUGACACCUGAGCAGGUGGAUGUAUCAUCACCUGCCCAGGUCACCGUCUCCAUGGAGGUCUGCCAGACUCGCAUCACAGUCACACCACCAUCCAAGAAACCUGCUGUCCAGAGGGGCACCAAGCCCCCGAUUCCUGCUAAACCCAAAGACUAUUUGCCCAGCAGCUGGAGCUCAAUACAGCCACCAGCCAGGGACCAUCAGCAGGUUCCUGCCGCUCACCUCACCACUGUCCAUUCCAGUCCAUCGGAGGAUCCCACCACUGCUACCCAGAGCACCACCCUGAGCUCCGGGGCGUCUGAGAACCUCAACCCGGCCGUGAAACCGCCCCGCCCUCCUCGGCCACCCCGCACCCCUGAACCUCCAGCACACAGGAAGCUCCAAGGGGCAGGAAGGAAGGGCACGCAGGGCAACAUGGGAUACUUGGAGGCCCUCGUGGAGGAGAAGCUGGCAGUGGAGGGGAUCUGCCUCUCUGAGGAGCCUUACUCUGACAAGCACGGCCGUUGUGGGAUCCCCCUCACUCUGGUCCAGAGGUAUUCGGAGGAGCUCAGCGAGGCUCUGGGGGACAUAGCCAGGGUCAUGGAGCAGAUCAGAGUCCAGCAGCUUCACAAGGAACACCGCAUGGCUAUCCCAUCCAAGGGGCUGUCCGUGGUGUGUCCCAUGAAGUAGCUAUCAGGAUUCCCUGCUGCCUCUCGGGGUGUAGGCCUGAGAGUUCAGCACAGAGGCUCCCUUAACUGGAUCCCUCUCACUCAAAUAGACCUUUCAGUGAUGCUGUGUUCACCUCGCUACCCAACAAAUAACUGCCAGCAUCCACACCACUGCCAGAAUAAUAUAGUUCCUCCAGACUCAGAACUUCAUGUAUAUGGCUCAAUUAAGGCAGUGAGUAAUGUCUAUGAGAUUAUCUGAACAUCUUUAAAUCCUUCCUGCACAUCUUCUUCCUGGUUAUCGUCUGACCCCCAUGGACGGCAGAUAUGGCCAGAGAUGGAUGUUUAGGCAUUUUUUAAGUGAGAUUAUGGUCAGAAUGGUCUCAAGUUGAACUGUUGAUAAAUACAGUUUGUGUUGACGAUGUGAGGAGUUCCCCAGAAGACUGACUGAUUUGCCCUGGCAGGGUGAGGGUAAAGAGGGUGCUCUUUAAGAGAAACAUACUCUUCAUUGAGAUGACCGGUGCAAGCAAAGAUGUGUUCUUGUUUCCAGUUAAGGACACUUUUUUUCCAUAGCACUUGUGAAAGGAAGAAUGCUUUCCCCAUUGACAGUCAAGAGGAAGUGACGACUGAGUGUAUGUUAAUAUUCGACACCUGACUAACCAUGGAAUAGAGCAUUAAAAUUCUUCUAAAUCAUUGAGAGACUUUUCAUAAAUGUUCAACAUGUGUAAAUGUUGCAUAUUUAACCACUGUAUUUGUGCAGUUUUAGGAAGAGGUGGUAUCAAUUGCUGCAUUUGUUUUAGAAUGUGUUAGCCAAAUUUGUAGUGUAGGCUAUACCUUUUCCUUGACUGUCCAGUGUUUAAGUGACUGCAGACCAUAAUAAACCUGAAUUGUAUUUGAUAGUAGCAUACAUGCCUUUUGUAGCUAUCUGAGAGCCUACAUGAAUUCAACAUCUAUAUGAAAAAUAUGGAAAAGAAAUGUAGUUUCAAGAUGUCCUACGUUACACAAUCAGAAUAGUUUAAUAAAUUAAAAAGAUGCAGUCAAAACACAGAUAAUUUAUUUUGUAUACAUCACACCAAUACAAGUACUGAUUGUUGUUAAUGCAUUAUUUUGAUCUACAGUUGUUUAUAAUUUAGCAUCUCCAUUUUUAUGACCAAUAGAUGCUGUGUGAUCUCUCAGUCUGAAUCAAGUCAUUUACAAAUAAAAGCUAUUAUGAAG